AGUGAUCCAGGCCCUGGGCCUUCCAGAAAAUGCAGGGCGACGCGCCCCAGCGCUGGGGCGCCCUCUUGCUGAGCCGGCUUCACCUCCCCAGCUGACCCAGACCCUAGCGGUGACCACACCGCCCUCGGUUGCGGCCCCGCCGAGGAGGAAGCUGGAUCUGGGGUCCCGUGUGACCGGCCCAGGAAGUCCGAGCGGGAGGUGAAGCAAGCCCUUCCCUGCCACCUGGCCCCAGCAGAUAAAGGCGGCCCAGCCCGGAGCGGGAUCGUAGCCAACUCUGCGCGCCCUGCCUACCAUGACCGGCCCCCGCGCUGCGUUGAUCGCCUGCACCCUGCUCGCCCUCCUUGGGCUCGGAGCCUGCUGCAGCUUCAUCGUGCCCCGCAAUGAGUGGGGGGCCCUGGCGUCCAAGUGCGCCGAGCGCCUGCAACACCCCCUGCAGUAUGUGGUGAUAUCGCACACCGCGGGCAGCACCUGCGACAGCCCCUCCUCGUGCCAGCAGCAGGCCCGGAACGUGCAGCACUAUCACGUGCGCACAAAGGACUGGUGCGACGUGGCUUACAACUUCCUGAUUGGAGAAGAUGGGCUGGUGUACGAGGGCCGGGGCUGGAACAUCAAGGGAGCCCACACAGGUCCCACCUGGAACCCCAUAUCUAUUGGUGUCACCUUCAUGGGCAACUACAUGGAGCGGGUGCCCCCACAAAGGGCCAUUCGAGCACUCCAGAAUCUGCUGGAGUGUGGGGUGACUAACAGAUUCCUGAGACCUGACUACGAGAUCAAAGGACAUCGGGACGUGCAGCAGACACUGUCUCCUGGUGACCAGCUCUACAGACUCAUCCAGCUUCUACCACACUACAGAGCAUAAGGCAUUGUUUGUCCUCCUGUGCUGUCCCCACCAUGGCCAGAAACCUCACUGCCCCCUCCAACCUGCUGUCACCUCCUCCAAUAAAGAUGCAAUUCCAACUGUGUUC